AUGGCCUCGCGGAAACUUGGAGGGGGCAGAGUCUUAGGAAGUGGUAAAGGACUCGCACCACCGACGGAGACUGGCGAAACUCUGCGGCGUGUGCGCUCAUCUAGCCCUCAUGCUCCGUCUGAUGUUAGUAGCCUGUCGCGGGGCUCCCAUAUUGCUGCCGGGCUAUCGCCACCUUCCACACCUAGCACGCUACCCGGCGCCGACCAGGACUUGACUGCGAAUAUUAGUUUGGCUACGCCCUCCCUGCGCGAUGGGGGACAGCUAGUUUGUCCAAUUUGCCAGGAGGAGAUGGUUACGUUGCUUCAGCUGAACAGACAUAUUGACGAUGCUCAUCAAGAAUUGCCAGAGAUACAGCAAGAUGAAGUGAAGACUUGGUUCGAUAAGCAAGUGACCAAAGCCAAGAAAUUCCAGCCUUUAUCCAUUCUCAACCAAAAGCUCCGAGGCAUCGAGGCGUUCGAGUCAAACGCCUCCUUUCCAACCCAUACCUUACAAACUGCACCGAGCCAUGGAGGUCCGUCAAAGCCCACCCCCGAACCGACAGUUGAUCCGGAUGUAAUGAUUACGCGGAAGCACUGGCAAAGACCGACUGGCCACGAUAUGUGCACCGACCCGACAUGCCCCAAAACCCUGGGUCCUCUAAAUGGAAGCAUCAACUGCCGGGUUUGUGGUAAACUAUUCUGUGAAGUACAUACGAUGUACCAGACAAAGCUUUCUCGUUCAGCAAAUUAUGACCCUAUGCGGGGCUACUGGGCCCGUGUCUGCGAGACUUGUUACAAAUCACGCCCUGGUUACAACGACCACUGCGGUGUAGAGGCUGACUUAACUGGUGGCUUUAUGGAGGUCCGAAAAGGGCGUAUCGAACGGCAAAAUUUGGAAAUAGCGAGGCUCGAAAAACGUCUUACUAAAUUGACACAGCUACUUGCCGAUCCACCACCAGAGCUGGUUGCGGUGGCCGGUGUGGGCGCUGGGAGUGGAGGGACCGCGAACCUAUUGUCGCCCGUUUCGGCACUUUCGGGCCACAAGAACCUCCGGAAAACGAUCGAGCAGUCAGUGAUAGCGUGGGAGGACGACUCGAAAGUAGCGCGGUGCCCAUUCUGCCAACAAGAGUUUGGGUCGUGGACAUUCCGUCGCCACCACUGCCGUAUUUGUGGGAGAGUAGUAUGCGCAGAUCCACAGACCGGGUGUUCCAGAGAAGUCGGCCUGAGCGUGGCUACCCGCAAGAGAAAUAUCUCCGCAAAUCCCACCGAAAAGUUACGCGAGCAGGCGGAGGAUAAAGUUGAUGUUGAUAUUCGAAUGUGUCGCGAUUGCAAUUCAACGAUUUUCUCGAAACGGGACUUCGACGCCGCUGCAGAGUACAAACCCGCUGACCAGCGAGCGUACGAAACGCUCCGCCAGUUUGAAUGGGGAAUCCGGCAGCUGAUGCCUUUGUUUCAACGCUCCCUACAAUCCUUGCAGCCCGAUGCGCCUGGAUCAAAUCGACCGCCAGCGACUCGUGCCCAGAUUCAAGAAGCUGCGAAAAUACGCAAACGGCUAAUGGACAGCUUCACAAAGUACAACCUAGCGGCUGUCCGCCUCCGGGACCUCAAAACAGAGAGUCCUGCACAACGGCGUUUGCAAAAAUCCGUUUUUACUGCUGCAUCGACAUUCUUACACCUCAAUAUGGUACCAUUGAAACAUGUUCCGAAGAUGUUACGGUCCCAUCAACCUUCGGCCAACGCUUCUACGCACCGGAGGCUUCUCGCAAAUCUCAACGGUGGCAGCCCUCAAAUGUCACCCCUACGCAACGGCGAAAACAUUGGUGAUGGGACUGACUCUGGAAGCGUGGCAGGUAGCGAAGUGAGCACAGCUGUGUCUGUUUUAGAGACGGAGGAAAGGGAAGUGAGGGAAAACCUGGCUGUAUUGGAGGAACAACGUUUUCUUGUGCAACAGAUGGUGGAUAGCGCUCAUGGAUCCCGACGAUUCGAAGAGGUUGGUGCACUAUCCCGUAACGUCGAGGAGCUGGAUUUUGAGAUCAACCGGCUGAGGUUGCAGGUUAAUGGUGUACGGGAACGCUGGGAGAAUCUUUACGGUGCCACGUAG